AUGAGUCUGGACCAGACAAGUUCUUCUGGACACAACAGGGGGCCCUCAGGAGCACAGAAUGGUUCUCAUGUAGAACAGUUGCCUUCUCAAGAACAAAAAGUACCUAUGACUAUUACGGCUGUAGGAAAUGCAAUUGAUUACAAGAUUGUGGCGAAACCAAAAGAGGAGCUGAAAUCACCAUCCUUGGUGAAGCGCCAUCUCUUCCUGAAGAGACCUGAUCCUACUAUACUAGACGAAUUAUACAGAUUGACUACAGAUAUGAACCAUUCUGAGACGUCCAUCUGGGCAUCAAGCAAGGAGCCGUUCCCCAUCCGUUUAAGCCAUGCAACUAUCAAGAAAUCAGUUGAACAAGGAAAAAUGAUGGAUGGGACUUGCCUCGACAUAGCUAUUAGAAAUAUGGCAAGAGAGGAUGCCGAAAAUUUUAUGAACACAAAAUGUCUAGGCUGGAGGCAUUAUGUUGAUUCGAAUUGGAUGCAAUCGACCAAUGUUACCAUGAGGAUUGCGUAUUGCCGUGAAGCUACUCUGUAUGAUCCUUCAGGAUCACAUCUGGUACUGAUUCCUGUACCAGAAGCUGGCGAAUGGACACUGUAUGCUUUCGACAUGUGCGAGAAGAAGCUCAGCAUUCUGGACUCUCGACGAGAUACCAGCGAAGGCGGUGAUGAGGAUCCUGCGAGGCGCCAUGAGGAAACCCGGAAAGCUGUGUGCGCUGCUCUUGACAAAACCAUGGAUGUUGACUUCAGUUUUCUCUCUUGGGACUACGAGUUUCCCAAAGUGCCUAGGCAACAGAACAGCUGCGACUCUGGAUUCUUUGUAUUCAAUUUUAUGCGUUUGUGGGAUUCUUUGGAUUCUUUGUAUUCAAUUUUAUUCUUUGAAACAAUGGAGUUGCGAAAGAACUUUCUGGCAUACAUACUCUCCAACACGAAUGAGCAUCAUCCAGACAUACCUGCUAAUGUUUCUGAGUUGAUAAAAAGGCUCCCUGGGGACACGACGAUGGAUCUUGAGCUAUUGAAGGCUGCAAACGCAGGCAACAUAGAUGCAUUUUGCAAACUCAUAGAUCCAGAACGAAGCGCACAAGCGAGCAUAGAUCAUGCGUCAAUCAAUAUCAACCAUCAGCCGGCGUUCUGUUCGUGCCUCUGCUACUGUUUUCAUUUCAAGUGUACAUCCUCACGCCGUUCUGACGAACAAGCUAAUCAAAUAAUGCAGAGCUUAGCGAAAUCAACAUCUAGUACUGACAUAGCCAACACUUGUCCUCUCAUAUGGCAAGUGACGGCUGAUGGCAGCGGUGUGCUCCACAUCGCCGCAAGCUUUGGUGAUGUGAAACCUGUGGAAGCCAUCCUGACACCGCAACAGAACAGAGGCAUCGCAGCGGCGCUUCUUCGAGCCAAGAACAACAGAGGAGAUAGGCCGCUGCACCAAGCAGCUAGCACGGGGAGUAGAGAGACCACCGAGCGAAUCGUGGAGAAAGCUAAGGAAAUCAUGGGGGAAUCCGAUGCAAACUUCGUGUGGUUUCUGCGUGCGAGAAACCUCGACGGCCAGACGUGCUUGCAUGAGGCUGUGAGGCUCGGCCACAAGGAUGUUGUGGAGUAUUUGGCUCAGGAAGAUGCGCGUUUAGGAGUAGAGAGACCAUCAAGAGAAGUCGCUCAGCCACUGGUGCAGAGUGUGGACAACGAGGGCAUAUCUCCGCUCUACUUAGCCACCACUCUACUAAAAGAGGAGAUUAUCAAUGCACUUCUUCUAGAAAGUGUGGCUUCAAUGAUUUCACCAUCCUAUUCUGGGCCAGCAGGAAAAACAGCCUUACAUGCUGCUGUUCCCUUGAGCAAAGAACUGAGUAGCAUACUGGUGAAUUGGAAACCUAGUCUGAUAAGGAUACCAGAUGAAUCUGGGAGCACCCCACUUCACUAUUUGGCCGACGGGAAGUACACAGAUAAGCCCAGCUGCAUUUCCAUUACUGAACUUCUCCUUAGCAAGGACCCAUCGUCAGGCUACUGUGAAGAUUCAAAGGGAUCGUUGCCCAUUCACGUUGCUGCUGCAUAUAAUACGGUUGGCGUCAUCGAUCAGUUCGUGAAAAUGUGUCCUGGCUGUGAGUUAUCAUGCAAUGCCUCUGGCCAGACAAUCCUCCAUGUUGCUGUUCAAAGGGGAAGUUAUGAUAUAGUGGGACUCGUUUGUUCAGAAGUCAGGUUUAAAAUGAUCCUGAAUACGAAGGAUAACGAUGGAAAUACUGCACUUCAUUUGGCUGUACAGAAGGGAUGUCACAAGACGUUUGGUUUCUUGAUAGGAAACAGGGAUGUCUCUACAAGCAUCAGAAACAAAAAUGGGUAUACGCCUCUUGAUCAUGCUGUGCUGAACAAAACAAGCAGAUGGACGUAUGCCACUUAUUGGCCAUUUGGAGAUUAG